AGCUAUAAYACCCGCUAGUGCUCCUACACACUUGCACUGACCAGACCUGAURGAAAAUCAUGCUUCAAGGAAACUUACGAUUUGGAAACUUAAAGUGUAAAACUAAUUAGAUUUCACAGAAGAAAAAGAAACCUUUCGGGUUUUAGCUAGCCGUUAUUCAUUGGGAAUUUAGCGGAAAGAGAAGAGAAAAUUGCAAUUUUAAAAUCAAAAUAAGAUACGUGUUGUGAUUUCGAGACUGCAUUGUUAUUCUACAAGAGUUUGCUCUUACUUUCAAAGUGACUUUGGCUCUAAGUGUGCUUAGCUUUGUAUCAAAAUGGCAGACRCGAAUUGUGAUUACUCRAAAGCAUUGAURCCAACAGAAAACCAGAAUGCAGAGAUCAAGAAAUCGCCAGAUAAAGAACASCUCAGGACGCUCUUGGCAUUCUUCGUGUUUGGAGCUCUCAUAUACGCAAUGUACUCGUUAAUGAUAUCUAGUGCACAAGAUAUUCUCGCAGGGACAUACAUUCAAACAUCUAUGGUUUUAGUAGCAAACAUUGGUCCUUAUGUCGUGGUAACAUUUGUAGCUCCGUUCUUUAUGAAAAAGAUAUCAUAUUUUGUUCGUAUUUGCUUUGUUUUUUUAACGGGCGCUGUUGGUUUUAUCGUCGUUGUAUGCUCCAAAGAAGUUGAGUGGAAGCUGAUUGGCAUCGGAGUAGCGUCUCUUGGUUAUGGAGUGGGAGAAGUUAGCUUUCUCGCGCUGACAUCGUACUUUCAUUCGUCUGCAUUAUCGGCUUAUUCUGCAGGAACUGGCGUAGGAUUUGUGGCAGCACCUCUUUAUUACACAGCCAUGACAACCUGGAUCUGUGUUUCACCAAAGGUCACCAUCCUCAUAAUGGCUGGCAUGUUGAUACUCCUCUUCGUCUGCUAUUACAUCAUGGACAAAAAACACUUAGGAUCCUAUAACUCCCAGCCAACCGUCCACGGGGAGGUAACAUACACCAAAAUCCAAACCACUGAUGAUACUGAGGGUGGUACAGACGGGGAAGAGAAGCCAGACAGGCUGACUGAAAAGAUGAGCGAGGCCAUGUUUGUGGAGCAAGAGCAGUUGACUUUGAAAGAGAAAAUUGCUGCACUAAAGACUAUUUGUUCAUUGACGCUAAUCCCUCUUUUUACCGCGUGGUUUUCGGAGUACCUGGUAAUUCAGUCUGUCCUGACGACCAUAGCCUACACCAACGCGCCAUUUAGACCACGUGAUCACUACCAAUACUACGUUUUUACGUUCAUGAUAGGGGAGGUCAUUGGACGGUCUUAUUGCAUAGUGGUGUCCCACUGGAGACCAAACUGGGACCCAAAACCCACAUGGCAGCUUCUAUGGACUUUAUCAAUUCUCGAAAGUCUUCACCUUUUAUUCUUUAUUUUAGAAUCUUGGUACAGAUUUCUUCCUGGAGUUGGAAUAACCCUAUGUCUUUGCCUUACUGCUGGUUUAAUCAUCGGAGUUCUGUUCAAUAAUGUUCUGAUGUUCUUCAGGGAAGCGUUCGAUGAGAAGCAGCGUGAGUUUAUCAUGGGGUAUUCUGUUUUUGCCAUGGGAGCUGGAAUUCUKUCGGCAGCUCUUYUUGGUCUGAUUGUGGAGCCUUGGCUGCGAAAUCACUGUAUGUAUCAUUUCCAUAAAAGCGAGUAUUGCUUUACGAGAUCGUCCUCUCCCCAGGACAUCACGACAAGAUGUGGCGCUAAGUACCAUGCUCCACUGACGCACUAAGACAGUACUGACUGUAUUUGCUGUUAGAUAGCUUUAGGUACACAUUUCUGAGAGUGAACGCGUUUAGUCCGUGAAAUUGUGCAAAAUCAAAAUACUACAAAUUUGUAUUUGAAUCUGCAUCUGAGGCGGUAAUUCCUUUAAAUCACCAUAGUUCAAGUUCACCGAUCUCUUGUUCACCAAACGAUGAGAAGUUUUCCCCAGUGGAAUUGAAACUGUCCGAGCAACAAACACAAAAUCGAAUAUUUUACUAAAUACAUUAUCUUAUCCUGAUGAAAAUGUGAAAAAAUAACGACAAGGCAAGUUCCAAGAUAUCGCAGCAGUCGGUAUCUUUUUCAUGCUCUAUAU